UGGAGUUGGGGGUGGCUGCACUUCAGGGCCGGGCGAGGGGUCCUUGGAUGAGGAGGUGCCUGGCCAGGCCUGGACUCUGUUCUCUCCUCCCAGCUGGGGGCUUCGUGGAGCCAGGCUCCCCCCAGCAGGAUGACGGGCGCCCUGAAGAAGCACCUUGAGCUGCUGAGCGUGUUUCAGUGGGUUAUGACCUUCCUCUUCUUUGGCCUUCUUCACGUCACUGUGUUCUAUCUGCUCUCACCGUCUCUGGGCGUCUCUGUCCUACUUCGGUGGGGGUGGCUCAACCGCGACACCCCAGAGAGAGGCGGCCGACGCUCAGACUGGAUGCGACGCUGGCGAAUCUGGCAGCAUUUGACUGAUUAUUACCCCGUCAAGCUGGUGAAGACGGCGGUGCUGCCCCCCGACCGGAGCUACGUGCUGGGCUCCCACCCCCACGGCAUCAUGUGCACGGGGGCCGCAGCCGCCUUCUGCACCGAAGGCCCCGGCUUCUCCCGGCUCUUCCCCGGCCUGCGACCCAGCCUGGCGCUGCUGGCGGGGCUCUUCCGACUGCCCCUCUACCGGGAGUACAUGAUGGGCUUCGGGAUGUGUCCCGUAAGCCGCCCCAGCCUGGAUUUCCUGCUCGCCAGGCCCGGCAACGCGGUGGUGAUCGUGGUGGGGGGUGCGGCUGAGUCGCUGGACUGCACCCCUGGGCAGCACCGCGUCACCCUGCAACGCCGCACUGGCUUCGUGCGCCUGGCGCUGCAGCAUGGUCCUGCUGUCCCGCGAGUUGAACUGGAGUCUAUCCGGAUUGACACCCCACCCCGACAGGAAACAUCAGCAGCGACCUUGCUCCGGAUUCCCCCCCAGCCCCCCUGUUGCACCACGUUGGAACCCCACUCUGUACCGGCGCCGCCCGUCCCACCCGCGCGGAGGCGGCCUCAGACUCCACAGGCUUACGCGGCAGCUUUCCGCCAGCUCUUCGACCGCGUCAUAAAGUCAGCUGCGGGCUGCCGCCGCGCGGCCACUCGCGUGUCGUAA